AUGACAUCCCAACUACCUUUGGCUUACGCUAGUGCUUCGAAUGAUUUGCGUUCAGAUACCUUCACUACUCCUACACCUGAAAUGAUUGAGGCCGCUUUGACGGCCUCAAUUGGUGAUGCAGUUUACCAGGAAGAUAUGGAUACUUGCUUUUUGGAAAAUUUGGUAGCCAAUUUAGCUGGUAAGGAACAGGGUUUAUUCUGCGUUUCUGGUACUCUAUCGAACCAGAUCGCUCUACGUACCCACCUUUUGCAACCUCCAUACUCUGUUCUGUGCGAUUACAGAGCGCAUGUCUAUACGCACGAAGCCGCUGGUCUCGCUAUUCUAUCGCAGGCAAUGGUUGUACCAGUCAGACCUGCAAAUGGUAACUACCUGACUUUGGAUGACAUUACUGCGCACUAUGUGCCCGAUGAUGGUGACGUGCAUGGUGCACCUACUAAAGUUAUCUCUUUGGAGAAUACUCUACAUGGUAUGAUUACUCCAAUUGACGAACUUGUUCGUAUUAGAGCUUGGUGUAGUCAGAACAAUAUUAAACUGCAUUGUGAUGGUGCUCGUAUUUGGAAUGCUGCAAUUGCUUCUGGCGUUCCUCUAAAACAGUUUGGAGAACUAUUUGAUUCGAUCUCUAUCUGUUUGUCUAAAUCGAUGGGUGCACCCAUCGGUUCUAUUCUAGUCGGUGAUGCCAAGUUUAUCAAGAAGGCUAACCAUUUUAGAAAACAGCAAGGUGGGGGGAUUAGACAAUCUGGUAUGAUGGCUAAGAUGGCUACAGUGGCCAUCAACGGUGAUUGGAAGGCAAAGAUGUCCUAUUCGCAUCGUUUGGCUUCUGAUUUGGCUCUCUUUUGUAAGGAGAACGAUAUCCCAUUGGAAUCUCCAACAGACACCAAUUUCGUCUUCCUUGAUCUAUCCAAGGCUCAUAUGAAUCCUGACGUUUUGGUUAAGAAAGGGUUGAAAUACAGAAUCAAACUUAUGGGUGGGAGAAUCGCUUUCCACUACCAAGUGACUCAAGAAACUUUGGAAAAGGCCAAGUGUGCAAUUCUCGAAUCUUUCGAGCACGCAAAGGAACAUCCUUUCAAUCAACAGGGUCAAACAAAGAUUUACCGUAGUGAAUCUACUGAUAAGAUCGAUAUCGACGGUAACUCGAUUCAUGGAAUCAAGACUUACAAGUACUAA